AUGAAGCUCUUUUAUCUCCUAUACUCGAGUCUCAUCACCAUCGCCUCCGCACAAACAUACCCCGAGUGCACCGCAGAAGUGGCCCGAACCGACGAUUGCGCAGCCGUCAUCAACGCCAACGCAUGCUACAACAAGUUCCGGUGGAACUCGCAGACUCUGAUGUGCAUCGAUGGAGAUAAUAAUGCUGUGAAGCAGAGACAGCUUGGAGGCCAUGAUUAG